GCGUCAGUUUAUACAGCUACUGCAGCAUACAACAUGUGUGUAGGUAUAUAUCAUGGAUCUCUUUCCCUGGCCAACUUAUGUCCCAACAUGGGCGGACCUGGUAACCUCCCUCUCCCCUUUCCGUCCCUGCGAGGGAUUUGCGGGAGUUGGAAUUCGUCACUCAUGUUUUCAUGAAUGGUGAUUUCGACUACCAUUGGGACUGUUGGCUACACGGAGCCAGAUGUCAUACCCGGGGAUGUCAUCUGUUAAUUAGCUAAGUUACUAAGUACUUAAAAUGGGUGGGUGGUAUGAAUGGAAAGUAUGGAUAUCUUCGCCGCUCGAACUAAAUACCUACACCGUGUUGGUGAAGGGCUUUCAACUUCGGUGUAUUCCCUAGCAACGCCCGACUCUUUAGGCAAAUGGUUUAUGUUAAAUCAAUCACUGAUCUAGAUUCGGACCAUUGUUGGCUUCUAAUCAGCUUCCUGCAACUUGCUGCAGACUUAAAUCUGGAAGUUGACCUUAACCCACCCUCUCACUCCAUAAAGAUACUGCCGCGACAUCAAUCCUUUAAUCCAUCAACUCAAAUAUUAUCGUUGCCAUCGAUAUAAACACAUGCGCACCUACCUUUUUCUUUUCUCUAGUCUAUAUUUGUUCUCUUGUCCAUAUCUACUCUUCAGUCUGGACUUGCCAUUCUAUCAACAACCAUGGACGUGCCAUCUGCACAGUGGCUCGCUAAACGAGAUACCUCGAAUCCCAACGGUCGGCAAACCAACAUCGUCAUCUGGGUCUGGGCCACCCUCGCGACCCUCUUCCUCGGCCUCCGCGUUACGUGCAAAUACAGAAAGCGCAGUGCGCUUUGGUGCGAUGACUGGUUCCUCGCAGCAGCGUGGAUCCUUCUCGUCACGUCUUGCAUCCUCAUCAGCGUAAACAUCGCCGCGGGACUCGGAAAGCACGACGUCGACGUCAACCCUGCCGAGCUUUACGGCAUCGGCCUCCGAAAUGUCAUCAUCGGCUUUCUGCUCGCCCUCGGCUCCGCGUGGAGCAAGACGUCCUUCGCGGUCUCGCUUCUUCGGAUCGCGACGGGAAAGCUCCGGGUGGCUAUUUGGGUCCUUAUGAUCUCGAUGAAUGUACUAAUGCAUGCGGGCAUCACGGCGACUUGGUUGACGUGCCGCCCGACGCGGAAGCUGUGGGAUCCGAUGGUGAAGGGAGAUUGCUGGCCAUCGUCGGUGAUGCUGCCGGUGGGUAUAUUCUGCACUGUCUACUCGGGCUUCAUGGAUCUGGUCCUCGUUAUUCUGGCGUGGAUAAUCCUACUCAAACUGAAGAUCAAGCGCAGCGACAAAUUAGGCAUCGCUGUCGCGAUGAGCAUGGGCUUAUUUGCUUGUGCUACAGCCAUGGUUAAAGGGGCUGAAUUGAUGGUCCUGAACAAGGGCGACUUCAACUUCGUCGGCGUCGAGCUGGUCACCCGCAGCAUAGCCGAAGUCGCCACCACCAUAGUCGCAGCAUCGAUUCCCGUCCUGCGCCCAUUGAUCUGGGACCUGCCCUGGGCGUCUAGCGGCCGCUGGGGCAAGAGUGUGAUGAGCAAGUACUUUAGCUCGUCCUCGGCAAGGAGCGAGGCAACAGAUAAUGGGAGUCGGGCCAAGGAGACGCAAAGUACGGAGGUCACUACGCCAAAGUCACUCGGUAGCUCUAGCAGUAAUGGGACGAUGAUGUCUCACGAGGGCGGAGUCAGCGAGAAGGGGUGCAGAGAAAGGGAUGCUUACGACAUGGGCAGCAUGCCGGGAUUGGUUAUGCGUUGAGCAUGGUGUGUGACUCUGGUCAGUCAAUUGGGGGAUUUGAUGGUCACGAAUAUGCCGAGCAUGCUUUUGGCACCUGCAGGAUAGGACUAUUUGGGAAUUUUAGAUAAAACUGUCGCAAUAAAACCUAUGUACCUGCGCUGGCGCCUUGAUCGGAAUACCUACCUACCCAGGCAUUGACUAGUCACCGUAGAAAAAAAGGGGUAGUGGGGUAAUAGGGGAACCCCUAUCUUAUGGGAUUUCAACAGGUAAAUCGAUGUUGAUUACAACAGGAAGGGCUUGUAAAUAAAUUCU